AUGCUUAUAAAAACUUCUCAACAAAAGACGAACACGCUAGAAGAAAUGGAAAAGCCUCUACUUGUUUUUGGUCUUGGAAACCCAGGGUCAGCCUUUACAAAAUCCAGACACUCACUAGGAAAGCUUCUGGUUCAAAUGUAUGCUGAGAGAAUGAAUUUCCCUAAAGGUUGGCCUUCUACUAGGGACAACAUUACACUUUACCCGUCAAAAAAUUAUAUGAACGAGUCUGGAAAGCUAUUAGGCAAAGUGCAAUCUCAAUACCUCAGUAGUCUACCUCCAAUGGAAAAGGCCAGGGCUUCCUGUAUAGUCGUGCACGAUGAAUUAGAGCUAGAUCUAGGAAAACUUCGUUACCGCAUAGGUGGAUCGCAUAAAGGACACAAUGGAGUUCGUUCCUGCCAGGCAGUUUUGGGAAAGGAGGGGUUUCACAGAAUAAGUGUGGGAAUCGGUCGCUGCGAAUCGAGGUCGAGUCAGGAAGUGGCUCAGUUUGUUUUAGGAAAAUUUAAACCAAACGAGAUGAAGGUCGUAGAAACAAAAGUGUUUGAGGAAUUCUCUUCAUUGCUUAACCAAAUUCGUGUCGAAACGAAUGAGCCCUCUUUUGAUAAUCAAAGCAAUAAGAAAAGAAGUUAA